AUGGUCUCGUUACUCGUCACGGCGAGCACCGUUGUCCUCUUGCUGGUGGGCAUCUUGAUCCAGCAAUACUCCAACCGUCCGAGAAUCCCUCCUAACGCCAAACUACCCCCAGGUCCAAAGGGCAAGCCGAUCGUGGGCAAUCUCCUCGACAUCCCGCCAAAGCACUCGUGGCUAAAGUUCAAGGCCUGGGCCGAUGAGUAUGGCCCACUCUACCGCAUCUCCAUCUUCGGCCGGAACCUCGUCAUCGUGUCGACCGAGAAGAUCGCCAACGACCUCCUGCGGGAGCGGGGCAACCUGUACUCGUCGCGAGAACAGCUGCCCAUGGCGGCGAGGCUGAUGUCGCAGAACCUGAGGCCGCUAUUCUUGCCGUAUGGAGACCUGUGGCGCCGCGGCCGCAAAGUGAUGCACAACAUGACCAUGCAUGCGUCGGCCACGUCGUACCAGCCGGUCCAAAUCUACGAGUCGGAGCGGCUGCUGUGCGACCUGCUGCGGACGCCGGACAAGUACGAGCAGCUGUUUGAGCGGUACGCGGCAGCCGUGGUGAUGCGGCUGUGCUACGGCAAGACCGUGGACACGGGCGACGAGGCAUACGUGCGCGACAUCCUACAGAUCGUGCAUACGGUGGAGCGCGUUGCGUCGCCGGGCGCCUACCUGGUCGACACGUUCCCGGCGCUGCUGUGGCUCCCGGCGUGGCUGGCGCCGUUCAAGCGUGAGGCGGCGCGGCUGCACGCGUUCGAGAUCAAGGUCUUCCGGGGUUUGUUGCUGGAGGUCCGAGACCAGAUGCAGGCCGGAAAGGGCCCCCGGUGCUUCUCCCGGACGUUCCUCGAGCGCCAGGCCGAGUUCGGGCUCUCGGACGACGAGGGCGCGUACGUGAUCGGCACGCUGUUCGAGGCCGGCGCCGGCACCACCGCGGCGGCCAUGAUGUCGUUCGUGCUGUGCAUGUGCCACCACCCGGAAUGGCAGACCAAAAUCCAGCAGGAGGUCGACGCCGUGGUCGGGGGCGAUGAUGGCCGCGUGCCCGACUUCCGCGACAUCCCUCAGCUGCCCACCUGUCGCGCCGUCAUCAAGGAGGUGCUGCGCUGGAGACCGGUCACGGCCGGCGGCGUGCCACACGAGCUGAUCAAGGAUGAUGUGUACGAUGGGUAUUUCCUGCCGGCGGGGACCAACGUGCACGCGAACCAGUGGGCCAUCCACCGCGACCCGGACCUCUACCCGGACCCGGAAACCUUCAACCCGGCGCGCUGGCUCUCGCCGGCCUUCCCGACCACGUACCGCGAGCCGCUGACCAAGUUCCCCAACCUGCAGAACUACUCGUGCUUCGGGUUCGGGCGCCGCAUCUGCCCGGGCAUGAACAUCGCCGAGAACUCGCUGCACCUGCUGGUGGCGCGCAUCGCGUGGGCCGCGCACAUCACCCCCCGUGCAGGCCAGCCGCCGCCGCCGCUGUACGACUACACCGCCGGCUUCAACGUGCAGCCCCGCCCCUUUGCGUUUGACCUCAAGCCGCGCAGUCCACAGAGGGCCGCGCGCGUGGAACAGGUCUGGGAGGCCGGACGGCGGAGGGAUCCCUUGGACGAGGUGUAUACUUUGUAA